AUGAGUCAGAGGCAAUCUACCUUUCAAGCUAGGCCAACAGCGAUUACUUUUGGGCCUACGAGCGAGACACCCAACAGGAUCGCACCAGUCCUGAACCUCCUCGGUCCAGGGAGAGUCUCGGAUGUAGCGUCAAUUCGAUUUCGAAUUUCAGUACGCCAGCAGCCGGAAGCGGCGCGUGCCUGUGGCUCAGGAGAACGUGAUAGGAGAACUAUAGACCCUCCCCCGAUUGUCCAGCUCCGUGUGGAAGGACCCAAUCUCUCUCCUGACGAUAAGAAGAAGUACCUCAGCUGGGACGGAUACGUCAUGCAUUGCUGGAUCUAUGACCAGUACGGGACAGCAGAGGCAUCGAUAAUGCCAGCUGAGUACCACUAUCAACGUCGUCUCACGGGGUCCCAGGUUGCUGCCCCAUUUUUUGGCAAGGACCAGAAAGGGGUUGAGGGUUGUUUCUUCACGUUCUCAGAUCUUUCGGUUCGGACCCUGGGGACGUACAAGCUCAAGUUCAACAUGAUCAUGAUGGACGUUACCAAUCCUGGGCAGAGUAGACACUUCCCCAACUUGUGUGAGGUGAUCAGCCGCCCUUUCACGGUGUAUACGGCGAAGGACUUCCCUGGCAUCAGCGAGAGCAGCGGGUUGGUCAGGGCGCUGAGAGCGCAGGGCUGCAUCAUUUCCAUCAAGAAAGGAAACGAGAAGAAGCGGAGAAUUGGAAGGCAAUGCGAUGAGGACGACGACUCGAGCGAUGAUUAG